UUUCUAAAGUAGAAAAGUAGAAUGAGAAAAGAAUUUUAGGAUUUAAUUGUUAAAACAAAACUUUUAGGGACUAAAACCUCAUAACCAUAAUAGUAUAGGGACCAAAAAUGAGCGAUUACAUCAACACAUCUACGCUUCUUCGUUUCGUCACUGUAAGAAUUCAUUUCAUUUGAUCGUUUCACUUUCACAAUGACAACUCCGGCGCCUAAUUUGGGCUCCGCGCCACCGCCACCGCAAUGGGCGCUGCCGCCGCCUCCUCGUCAAGGUUUCUCCAUGGCUCCUCCUGGUAUGCCUCUUGCUCCCUCAGAUUCUUCCUCUACAGUCAUCAGACCCAACACUAUGCCACCACCAGGCUCAGGCUCUGUUCCGCUCAAUUCACAUUUCCAUCCCCAAUUAGGUCAUUCCUCGUACCAGUCUAUGCCUCCUCCCAUGGCGGCGGCUCCUCAUCCUCCUCCUCAGGGACUGUGGUUGCAACCUCCUCAGAUGGGAGGUGCUCCUCCUAGGUUACCGUUGAAUAUCAAUAUGCAGCCGUAUCAUGGCGGUCCCUUCCCUGUGAUGGUUCCACAACACGUUAUGCCUCCUUCUGUUCAUGUUCCUGAUUCUCAGCCUCCUGGUGUUACUCCGUUGUCUUCUGCUGUGGGGAUCAAGACUGACUUAUCCUCUUCAGGUGAUGGUGGCAACCAAGGUACAGAACAGUCGGAUCCUUGGACUGCCCACAAGACUGAGACUGGAGUUGUAUACUACUAUAAUGCUUUGACUGGAGUUUCAACUUAUGAUAAACCUCCUGAUUUUAAAGGAGAGGAUGAGAAAAUUUAUGUGCAGCCAAUUCCUGUAUCUAUGAUUAACUUGCUUGGAACUGAUUGGGUAUUGGUCAGCACAAGUGAUGGAAAGAAAUACUAUUACAACAAUAAAACUAAGGUAAGUAGCUGGCAGAUUCCAAACGAGGUAACAGAACUAAGGAAGAAGCAGGAUGUUGAAAUUCCAAAAGAACAUUCCUUGUCAGUGCCAAAUACUAAUGUAUUGGCAGAAAAAGAAUCUACUCCAGUAAUUUUGAAUGCUCCUGCCAUUAACACAGGUGGUCGUGAUGCAAUGGCUCUUAGACCCCCAAAUGUCCAAGGAUCAUCGUCUGCUUUAGACUUAAUAAAAAAGAAGCUGCAAGAAUUUGGAGCUCCUGUUACUUCUUCACCAAGUCCUGUACAGUCUGGAAUGGCAUCAGAACCAAAUGGCUCUAAGGCAGUUGAUGCUACAGCUAAAGGCCAACUGAGUGAUAACAGCAAAGAUAAACUUAAAGAUGCCAAUGGAGGUGGAAAUGUGACAGACUCUUCUUCAGAUUCAGAAGAUGUAGACAGUGGGCCCACAAAGGAGGAGUGCAUUCUUCAAUUUAAGGAGAUGCUUAAGGAACGAGGCGUGGCACCAUUCUCAAAAUGGGAGAAGGAACUUCCGAAGAUUGUUUUUGAUCCACGGUUUAAGGCUAUUCCAAGCUACUCCACUAGGAGAUCCUUGUUUGAGCACUUUGUUAAAACACGUGUGGAGGAGGAACGCAAGGAAAAAAGAGCUGCUCAGAAGGCAGCAAUAGAGGGUUUUAAGCAAUUACUGGAUGAAGCCUCAGAGGAGAUUGACCAGAAAACUGAUUAUCAAAUUUUUCGAAAGAAGUGGGGUGAUGAUGAACGAUUUUUAGCCUUGGACCGCAAGGAUCGAGAGCACUUGUUGAAUGAAAGGGUCCUUCCUUUGAGGAAGGCUGCUGAAGAAAAAGCCCAAGCAAUUCGUGCAGCUACUGCAAGUAGUUUUAAAUCUUUGCUUCAAGAGAAAGGAGAUAUAACUGUUAAUUCACGCUGGUCAAGGGUGAAAGAUAGCCUGAGGGAUGAUCCAAGAUACAAAUCUGUUAAGCAUGAAGAUAGGGAAGCUUUAUUUAAUGAGUAUCUAUCUGACUUGAGAGCUGUAGAAGAGGAAUCAGAAAGAGAGGCCAAAGCCAAAAGAGAGGAGCAGGAUAAACUAAGGGAAAGGGAGCGGGAGUUGCGUAAGAGGAAAGAGAGAGAGGAACAAGAAAUGGAGAGGGUACGGAUAAAAGUUCGAAGAAAGGAAGCAAUUGUGUCAUAUCAAGCUUUACUUGUGGAGACAAUAAAAGACCCCCAGGUAUCUUGGACAGAUGCUAAGCUGAAAUUGGAGAAGGAUCCACAAGGUCGCGCAGCCAACCCUGAACUUGAUUCAUCCGAGACUGAAAAGCUUUUUCGCGAACACAUUAGGAUGUUGAAUGAGCGAUGUGCACGCGAGUUCAAAGCUCUGUUGGCAGAAGUGCUGACUGCAGAUGCUGCUGCCCAAGAAACAGACGACGGUAAAACGGCUCUUAAUUCAUGGUCAACAGCUAAGCGUCUUCUGAAGUCCGAUCCCAGGUAUAACAAGAUGCCAAGGAAAGACAGAGAAUCAUUAUGGCGACGAUAUGCGGAUGACAUGCUGAGGAAGCAAAAGUCAGAAAAAAUGGAACUUGAUUCCAAGGACGACAAGAAAGUAGAUCAUAGAAGUAGAAGCUCUGGUGAUUAUGGGAGGCUGUCAUCAGGUUUGCGAGGAUCGCACGAUCGAAGGUAGAUGCUUUUUCUUUUUUGAUUUAGAGACCAACUGGCUCUUGAUUUUUCUUUGUUAGUUUUAAUCUUGAUAGUUUUGACAUUGUAAAGGGCAUAACAAAAGUAGAGUUGAAUUCUGUAAUGAUACUCAACUGAAUUUACGUUUGUUAAUUACAAGGUAAAAAUAUUGUCAAGUUUUUCUUUUCUGAUAGCUGUACAUUGUAUCAGAACAAGAUAAAUUAAUUCCAAAUUUUCUCUUCCAGUUUGAUAA